AUGUCCCACUAUUCCAAUUCCUCGACUGCUCGGCAUGGGAUUGAUUCCCUGGAUCCAAAACGGUAUACUUCAUCUCACCUACUGUGUCUUUGCUCGCUUUUGACAUCAACUCAGUUUUCGAGCGUCGAGAAUGAGUCGUGGCUGAAUUGGACAAUCUGGCAUGUACAUCGAGCUAUAGCAUGGUUCCAAGGGAGCACUCUUCCUAGGUUCGUUGGGCACAAUCGCGCUACUUUGCAACAUCUUGGCUAUCUACUUAUCGAAUAUGUUGAAGAUGGUGUUAUGCUUUCGUCCAGCUGGAAUGACCAUUGCGAAGAAUCGGAAAAGAACAAAAACCUUUACUCCAGCAUUGCCAAAAUCAUGCUGGACCUCGGUGGGAUUAAACAGCCACGAAUUGGCUCGUGGACGAUGAACGAUGAUGGAAACAUUACYCUCACCAAUCGUCCGUUUCAUGAUCUCACGGCAUUCUGGAAUCGACAUAACAUUCCAUUACACCUACCCAGGGGCAUGACGUAUUCGUCAGCGGACUCGUUUCUCCCUGACCUUUUGGCUUACCAAGAUGUUCGCAUGGAACAUCAACCAAACUCGAUCCUGGACAGGGACGACGGCGUAUCUCAACUCUCUGCCCUGGUGGGACUACGGGCAAUAUUCCCUCGGCUCUUCAACGCACGCUUGAAUCGUGGACACUUUGUCAUGAACUUCACUGAUAUGCACCAGAGCAACAUUUUCGUGGACAAAGAUUGGAACAUCACUCGGCUUAUUAUUGAUCUUGAAUUUGCCUACUCCGCCCCGAUUGAGCUUGUUCAUGUCCCAGCUUGGCUUACUGGCCGCGGCGUAGAUCAGCUGUAUGGCCAAAAUGAGGAACCGUUCAAGCUUCGUUACGAUGCUUUUGUAGAGGCGGUUGCCGAUCAAGAGAAAGAAAAGCAGCAGAGCGACGCUUUCAGUCAGCGUCUGCGGGAAGACUGGACUUCUGGGAGGUAUUGGUAUGUACUUGCGCUGGACAGCAUCAAUGCCUACCCUUCAAUAUUCAAUCGAAACCUUCGACCCCAGAUAAUUUGA